UAAACAGGAAAAAGGGGGAGACUUGAAAUCUUUUGACGUUCACUAAGAAGUUAGUAGCCGUGAGUAGUCAGUAUCUAAAAAGCUAAGACUGCAUCGAGUUAUUUGAUUGUUUAUCUACAUUCUACUUGUGAAGUUUUACUUGCGUACCUUGACCGUAAACCUAAGGUUUAGCGGGCUAAGUUGUGGGAAUUACUUAUCCAAGAUAAUUGCACAUCCAAGAAGUCAUAGCAAACGUACUAUUCUCAGAGAACGGUAAUCACUGGAAGCUAGGUAGAUAUGCAGAGGAGUACUCGUCUUAAACGUGAACUACAGAUGCUCACGACUGAACCACCCCCGGGAAUAUCAUGUUGGCAGUCGGAUGAUCAAAUUGAUGACCUUAGAGCUCAAAUAGUUGGGGGUGGAAACACGCCAUUCGAAGGAGGCCUGUUUUCUCUGGAGGUCAACGUGCCUGAAAGGUACCCCUUUGAACCACCCAAAAUUCGUUUCCUGACUCCAAUAUAUCACCCAAACAUUGACAAUGCAGGGCGCAUUUGUCUGGAUGCACUAAAACUUCCACCCAAGGGUGCUUGGAGGCCAUCUCUGAACAUCUCCACAGUGCUCACCUCUAUCCAGCUCCUUAUGGCCGAGCCUAAUCCAGAUGAUCCUCUCAUGGCAGACAUUUCCUCAGAAUUUAAGUAUAACAAGAAAGUUUAUCUGGAGAAAGCCAGAAGCUGGACGGAAAAACAUGCUGUCCAGAGAAAUUAUGGCCAAGUGAAAUCUGGAGAGAAGGCUCCUGAGGUUCUAAGUAAAGACUCAUCUCGCAAGAGAGAACCUCUCAAGGAACAACCACAAGAGUCUAAGAGAGUCUGCCUUUAGUUUAGUUUAGUUUAGUUUAGUUUAGUUUAGUUUAGUUCUUAGUGAUUGUGUACAGCCUUUUGUCAUAUUUUUUUCUUAAUGCUCAGAUUCACCAAAUGGGUCUGUGAACAUCUUACAACAUUUUCUUUUGUGUGGCCCUAGUUUGUGUGCCACAUUUUCGUUUCACUUUCAUAUAUGCUGCUAAAUAAUUUCCUCCAGUAUGUGUCUUUUUCUUCUAGCCCAUGUAAAUAAUCAAAUAUUUUAGGUGUUCUUUCUAUUUUCUGUAAAAUAAAUCUUUAUUCAA